GAAGGACUGCACUCAUGCUCGGUGUCUGUCCUGUGGCAGGACGUUUAUUGAGUUCGUGCUGAGAGAAUCCAUAGGUUUUGUUUACUUGUGUGCUGCGCUAUUCGUUACUUGGUUUGCUGAGUUUCGUUCAUCCUGUCUACUUUAGUUCAUCCGACAACCUAAAAUGCGGUGCUUGCUCUUUCUCUAUCCGCUGGCGCCGAGCGGCGUCGUGGCAAGGCUUGUGGAAGUGACUUCGCAUGGAAAUCCUUUUGUCAUGUACGAGAUCAACAACAAAAAACGCAAAAUGUAUGAACGCAAAAUGUUCGAAGACGCCUUCCUGGAGCUGGUCCAGAGCUCGGAGUAUGCUUAAGGCCUCCACACAUCCAUCUUCGGGAGUAUCCUCAUAUCAUUUUACCUGACUCGACUUCGACUAACAUCAUCAUCAUCAUCAUCAUCAUCAUCGUAAUCAUUUUAACCUCUAGACUCCGACAACCUACUAUCACUACUACCACUACUACUGAAAGGGCACAAGAGAAGUCCCAGGAUGCUUUAUUUCAAGUUCGUGAAAAUCAAUCGCUUACACUCUUUGGCUACAAAUGUGAUCUCAAGAUGGUGAAGCUGAAGGGGAGAGAGGUGUCAGGAUAUUGUCUUAUAGCAUGGAUUUAUGGUUUGGAAGGUCUAAUAUGUGGAUGCCGCAAAGGGUCAUGACGACGAUCUUCAUGAGCUCGACAUGGAUGACGAAGCAGACUACUAUGAGUUCCAGGCUGUCGAUACUCCGGGUUCACAUGGUGGUGACCCUGUCGUGGGCUCGUUCGUGCAGGAGGCGGAGGCAACGAACACGACCGGAUUGAGGAAUGAGGUUUCUGAAGACCACAGUCAUAACACUGUUGUCUGGGGUCUCGACACGGAUGUCCUCGAUGAGGGAGUUGUUUUAUACAACUCUGAAUCUCCUGAUGCGGAAAUUCAAGAACGUGUAGCUGGUGUCGACCCUGUCCUGGGCUCGUUCGUGCAGGAGAGGGAGGCAACGAACACAAAGAGUGGCAUACAUGAGCUCGCCAAACUGGUGAGAGAAGAAGACCUCGACCGGAUAAGCGGGGUCGCAAUGUGUCUCAGUGCUUUGGCUCUUCUACAUGGCAGUUCGGCAAGUGAUACGUCUGCGAGCAAGGUUGAUGAAGGUCUCAAGUUAAGGCUGGCGGAACUGCAUCCUCAACGUCAUCUUUGGCCUCUUUUCCAAGUAAGAAAAGGGGUCAUCAAGGUCAAGGAUGAGGCCAGGGAUGCGAAGGCAAUAACGCUAAUGAAGGAAAGUUGUGAAUCGACAAAGAACGACGUCACCAAGGUUCUGAAUGCUUUGGCUAGUGGAUCUGCAGGUGAGUCUGCGCAGGAUUUCUCUGGAGGAGAAGAAGAAGAAGAAGAAGAAGGUGAGGGUGCUUUGGAUAGUAGCAGUUUCGUGUACACGCUGAAGCUUCCACCUGGUGUAUCAAUCGAGAAUUUUCAGGACAAGCGAGAUGUCGUCUUUUCCGGCAGGAACGCUCCAGACUUCGAGCACCUGUUGCGUCACGCUGGAUCGUCAUACGAGCAAGUUUUGGGCCAGCCAACUGGCAUCAGUCCUUCCAGUCCAGGUGACGCAUUGGUAGUGUUGUAUCAGGCUUUUUCCACAGACGGCUUCUUUCGCGAAUUCGGGUUCUCGAACGACAAUGAGAGUGAGGACCGGAGCCGGACGUUGAAGGAUGGGGCCAAGACCGAGGUGCCCAUCUCCUCGAAAGAACGUCAGUUCACCGUUGGCGCUGGCUUACGCUUCAGAGCCAUUAUGGAGCCGAUCACACAGGCGAAGGUGAUAGACCUCUCGUCUAAAUUGCGGGACGAGUGGUCCGCGAAAUACGUCCACACGUCUGGCGGAUUAGAAAAACUAUAUCAAUUUGAGCGAUUGGUUUCUACUCAGGCCUCCCCGUCCUACUUCGUUCGGUUUUUUGACACCGCUAGAGAGGCGGAGGGAAUACCAGAACGAGAGGCACUAGCUUUGAUGCUGGUAAGAUAUGUGAAAUCUUCACCGGGGAACAAAAAACAAAAAGGAACUGAGCGCGAUUUCCGUGUGCGCGCAAUGUUCUAUCUGGACAAAGUUUCUGGUUCUCCAGAAGCAUAGGUCUAAACCAGGCAAAAUUAGUCUCGAAC